AGCCUGUAGGAGCGCCGUCACUGAGAACACUUCUGCUAUUAAAGGGCAACUCUAAUCAGUGCGCAACAUCGGACACUUUUAUAUUCCGGAGUAAAUAAUCCUCUCAAGUGAAAUGGCUUCUUUCAGAGGACCUGUUUUGGUGAGCUGUGUAUCAAACGGUGUCUUCUGACCGACUAACCGGAGCGCUCAGAAUAAAGUUUCUCAUGCUGCACUUUAUCCUGAGGCAGCACAGCGCGCUAAGAGAAUCAGAAAUGAAAGCAGCAGCGACACUAUUCUGCCCAUUUCUCUUUAGGAAGUUUUUCAAAUGGCUUGAUUCACGAGUCUUUUCUCGCUUUUGAUCUGCGGCUGCGACAGAUAACCGCGCGCUUCGGACGGACUUUGGUUACCAUUACGCCUAUAUUUCACAUUUGGAUAAGCGACUGAAGCUCCAAGCCAGAGACACUUGGGACUCGGGACAGCACCGCGGGACUACACGAUGAGCAGCUGCUGGCUUGCCUUGGUCGGAUUGUGGUGGAGCGCUUGUUACUGCAUGUUCCUGGUAGCAGGGAGUAAUUAUUCACUGGAUGGAAACAACGAGGUGCACCCGGGUUUCAUCCACCGGCGGCUGCGGACGCACGAGAAGAGGGAGAUGCAGAAGGAGAUCCUGUCCAUCCUCGGGCUGCCGCACAGACCGAGACCGCAUCUGUCACACGGGAAGUACAACUCCGCUCCACUUUUCAUGUUGGACUUAUACAACACCAUAUCUAGCGAGGAGAAAAGCCAAGUGGAAGGCAUGCUGGACCAAUAUCAUUCCAUGCGAACCACCCAGAGUCCUCCUCUGGCCACAUAUCAAGAAACUGCCUUUCUGAACGAUGCAGAUAUGGUGAUGAGCUUCGUAAAUCUAGUGGAGUACGACAGGGAGCUCUCUCCGCAGCGGCGUCACCACAAAGAGUUUAAGUUCAACCUCUCUCAGAUCCCAGAGGGCGAGGCCAUCACCGCAGCGGAGUUUCGCAUCUACAAGGAGUGUGUGAGCCGCGCCUUCCGCAAUGACACCUUCCUACUCAAAGUCUACCAGGUGGUCAAGGAGCACCCUGAUAGAGAGGCAGACCUGUUCCUGAUGGAGUCUCGAAGGCUGUGGGCGGCUGAGGAGGGCUGGCUGGAGUUUGACAUCACUGCUACCAGCAACCUGUGGGUGAUGAACCCGGGGCACAAUCUGGGCCUGCAGGUCAGCGUGGAGACCAGCAGUGGGCAGUUCAUCAGCACCAAGGAGGCGGGCCUCAUAGGACGUGACGGUGCUCUGGAGAAGCAACCUUUCAUGGUGGCGUUCUUCAAGGUCAGCGAAGUCCAUAUACGCACCUCCCGCUCCACUGGCAGAAAGAGUCGCCAGCAGAACAGAAACCGAUCCUCGCAACCACAGGAGGGAUCCAGACUGGGCCCAGCAGAUUUCAACAGCAGCGAUCAGAAGACGGCGUGCAGAAGACACGAGCUCUACGUCAGCUUCAGAGAGCUCGGCUGGCAGGACUGGAUCAUUGCCCCUGAAGGCUACGCAGCAAACUACUGUGAUGGAGAAUGCUCCUUCCCCCUCAACGCCCACAUGAACGCCACCAACCACGCCAUCGUACAGACCCUGGUGCACCUGAUGAAUCCAGAGAACGUACCAAAGCCGUGCUGCGCCCCCACCAAGCUUCACGCCAUCUCUGUGCUCUACUUCGACGACAACUCCAACGUAAUUCUGAAGAAAUACAAGAACAUGGUGGUGCGGGCCUGCGGCUGCCACUGACGCCGGCAUCCAGGGUUAAUGAUGCUCGAUUAAAAGUCGGGUUGGUAAGGGGCUGCAGCAGUGACUCCUGGGUGAUGCUGACCUCCACUAGACUAGCUUCCGGCCUGAAUCCUCCACCUGCAGGGAGUCUACACCCUGAAGGAUAAUUUACAUGUUCUACUCAAAUCAUCCAUCUAAUAACAGGAACAUUUGUCUUCAAACUACGAGGGGACCAUUAUGGGUGUCAUCCUGAGGCACCAUCACCCUCCAGUGUUGCCAAGAUGUCAAACACCUUUUCUACUAGCUAUGGAGUCUUCACUUCAUGGGUCUGCAACUGAGUGAAUGACUGUGUGUGUGUGUGUGUGUGUGGACAAUGUAGUUUGUAUAUUAUGUGUUUAUGGAAGUGUGUGUAUGAACGCCUAAAGAGGCUACUGCACCUUCUCCCUCAGUGAGAGGGAGAGGGCUAAACUGAACUGUUGUGGGACCGGUCCGAGUGCUGCUUUCUUUCCCUUCUCCUCUCCGACAACAGAACCAUGGAUCAGUUCUCAGAGAGGCUCCAAAAAUGACUCAUGAACAACUUCUCAGCAGCGCAUGACCCCGGGGAGACGACUCUUGUGUUAUCACAGCUCUGAAAAGCCUGGUCAAGUGACGGAAAAUGUCCUUCACAGCGCUAAUGUUAACUCAAUACUAAAAGAAUGACACUUUGGAGUCGGUAGAUUCAUAUUUCCUUACUUUUCCUAAAUGUACUUUUCUCCGUAAGCCAUAUUUGCCCUCCAAAAAUAUAAUAUGGACUGAACCAAAGUGACCGCAGGCUAUUUUAGAACUCCGCUGCUCCAAAUAACCCCUCCGUGUCAAUAUUUGCCGGGCUCACGCUGAGCUGCGAUUCACCACGCUGGUCCUUCAUGAUGCAUGUUGUGGCUAAACUGAUGUUUUUCUCCAAAGAACCGAAGAAUACGGCCUUAUCCCCUGGACAUACCGCAAUUUGCCAUUUCCAUGUUGCUGCACUCUCAAAGUUAACUAACGCUUCCACCCCUGACAUCCCAUCAAGAGAUUGUGGAAAAACAUUUCUGGAGUCAAAAACAGCGAGCAGAACGGAGUCUGCCAGCUUUCUGAAAUUAGCCCUUUGCUUUUUCAACCCUGAGGGUAAAGUGAUGUUGAGUUUGUUGUCCAGCGGCAACAUCUUUCCAAUUGAACAUGUUACUGUGAGCUUUGACUGACAUGGAGCUUUUUAGAGAACAUAUUUUUAUGAAAAACUAAUAAGAUUUUAAAUACCUUACGUGCCUAACCAAUCAUUAAUUACAAAAUAUACCUCUGGUAAGCUGCUGUUUACAUUUGUGAUCAUGUUUAGACUGUUUGUAAAUACUUGUACAUUCUCAGCUUAUUUAUUGCACCUUUUAAUAAAAAGUAAAAAAUCACAUACCUUA